AUAAGCUGGUUUGCCAAUAAACACCAAAGAAGAAGAAGGAUUCUGAGUUGUACUUUAACAUAUCAUACGUCACAUCCGGGUCACAGAUUGUUCGGAACCGGAAGAAGAAAGAUGCAGCGAGAGAAAACAAGCAACGCCGGCAGCACGGCUGAAAAGCCGGACCGAGAGGCCGCCAUCAUGUCGAAGUACUACGAUGGAGUCGAGUUUCCUUUCUGUGAUGAGUUCUCCAAAUACGAAAAGAUGGCCAAAAUAGGACAAGGAACAUUUGGGGAGGUGUUCAAAGCAAAGCACAGACAGACUGGGAAGAAGGUCGCACUGAAGAAAGUUCUGAUGGAAAAUGAGAAAGAAGGGUUCCCAAUCACAGCUCUGAGAGAGAUCAAGAUACUGCAGCUGCUCAAACAUGAGAAUGUGGUCAAUCUGAUUGAGAUCUGCAGAACCAAAGCUACUCAAUUCAACAGAUACAAAGGCAGCAUCUACCUGGUGUUUGACUUCUGUGAGCAUGACCUGGCCGGACUGUUGAGCAACGCCAAUGUGAAGUUCACCCUGGCAGAGAUCAAGAAGGUCAUGCAGAUGCUGCUCAAUGGAUUGUACUACAUCCACAGAAACAAGAUCCUUCACAGAGAUAUGAAGGCAGCCAACGUGCUCAUCACCAGAGACGGUGUCCUGAAACUGGCUGACUUUGGUUUGGCUCGAGCUUUCAGCCUGGCUAAAAACAGCCAGGGUAACCGCUACACCAACCGCGUGGUCACACUCUGGUACAGACCUCCAGAGCUGCUGUUAGGUGAGCGAGACUACGGCCCCCCCAUUGACCUGUGGGGAGCAGGUUGCAUCAUGGCAGAGAUGUGGACCAGAAGUCCCAUAAUGCAAGGCAACACUGAGCAGCAUCAACUCACUCUCAUCAGCCAGCUCUGUGGCUCCAUCACUGCUGAGGUGUGGCCUGGCGUGGAUAAGAAGUAUGAACUUUACCAGAAAAUGGAGCUGCCUAAAGGCCAAAAGAGGAAAGUAAAGGAUCGUCUCAAAGCCUACGUCAAAGACCCGUACGCCCUGGAUCUGAUAGAUAAACUCCUGGUCCUGGACCCGGCACAACGCACAGACAGCGACGACGCCCUCAACCACGACUUCUUCUGGUCCGACCCCAUGCCGUCAGACCUGAAGAACAUGCUCUCCACUCACAACACCUCCAUGUUUGAAUAUCUGGCUCCACCCAGACGGAGAGGACACAUGCCGCAGCAGCAGCCCAAUCAGAACAGAAACCCAGCCACCACCAGUCAGACUGAGUUUGAUCGAGUGUUUUAGAGGUUCAACAGCUUUAUGGACGCUAGUUUGCCUGGUUGGGCUUUUUAUUUAGCCACAAACUUCAUUUCCCAACCGACCUAAUAUUGAGGAAAGCUACACAUUCCUGUUUUGGUUGCGUGUUGGUGGACGUAACCUGGAGAUCUGUACCGUUUUUGUAUGACCACUGCUCGGUGUGAGUUCAUGGAAGAGGAUGCAGGUUGUUCAUGUUGACCAAGGACACGACUGUUAUGUUCAAAGUUAUGCAGAGCCAUCUGCAAGGCAAGGCAUUAUGUUGUGCUUUUUCCAGGUGAUAAUGAGACUGAUGUUACAGGUCCACACAUUUCAUGGUAAUUAGGUAAUAAUUAGCAGGUAACCUAUUUGAAAUUUCUUUGGAAUUACUGCCAAAUUACCCCAAUAUUUACCUAAACAUUUCCAGGAAAAGAAUACAAAGUUAAUUGAUAUGCU